CCCGCGCCGCGGGGACGAUUUCACGAGCCACGAGAUCUAUCCUCCCGUCAAUCCGUGCCACCUCGGCACCUCGAGCUACAUUGAAUCGCUCAUUUCCCCUUUCUUAGUCGGAUACUUCGGAUACCAUUUACAGGACGUCUAUAUACAUCCCAACACAGAUCUUGUUCCCAAUCUUUUGGACAAUUUGGAUCGACCCGUCACCGAAAAUAUAAUAUGAGACUCCGAAAGGCAGCGCGCGUUAUCCUCGUCGGUGCGCCAGGCGUUGGCAAGGGCACCCAGUCCGAGAGACUUCUACAUCGCUUUCCCCAACUUCAGUCCAUCAGCACGGGCGAUUUACUUCGAAGCAAUGUCACUGCCCGGACGGCUCUUGGAAUUCGAGUCGAGAAGACAAUGAAGACCGGCGGCCUCGUCGCUGACGACCUUAUCAUGCGCUUGAUCUCGAACGAACUGUACAAGAAUGGUUGGCUGCGGCCCAACGAAGCCAAGCAUAAUGUCAUGACCCUGGCCGCCAGCACAGCCACUGCUGGGGAUUUCCCCGACGCCCACGACGAGUACGUUACCACGGCUGCUCUGGAUGCACACGGCCCCCCUGAGGCCUCGGAGGACCCUGAUGCCUCCUUCAUUCUGGAUGGCUUCCCGAGGACUGCCGCGCAAGCCGUGACAUGCGACAAGAUCAUUCCAAUCAAUCUUGUCGUGUCUCUCCAGACCCCCUUCGACGUGAUCAUGCAGCGCAUCGCCGGCCGCUGGGUUCAUGAGCCCUCGGGCCGUGUCUACAAUACCACCUUCCAUCCGCCCAAGGUGGCCGGCAUUGAUGACAUCACUGGCGAACCUCUAAUGCAACGACCCGACGAUACUGAGGAGGUUUACCGUGAGCGGUUCCGAAAGUUCCAGCAGACAAGCGAGCCCCUCUUGGAGCACUACGCCAAGAAGGGCGUCCUAUGGGAAGUCGAGGGUAUGAGCAGUGAUGAGAUCAGCCCCAAGUUGUAUAAAGAGUUCGAGAAACGCUUUGCGGCUUGA